AUGUUUGACUUUGCAAGCCACUUUAAAGCUCUGGAUAGAAUGACACAGCCAAGCGAUCUUGUUAAAUCUCCAGUCAUCCUAGAUGAAGAAACACCAUUGAGAUACAUCUCGCUGGAAAACAAUGGCGUGGUAGAAACCAACGAAAUGCUGUACAGAAACACAAGAAAUACCAAAAAGCACAUAAAAAGCGCCUGGGACGUAGAUAUCAAAGCAGCAGGCCCCGGAUACUUUGACGAGGCUGGCAAUUACAUUCUGAGCAAGCCAAAAAAGAUUCAUACAACUUGGAUUCUGAAGCGAAACGGCUCCCUUGAAGGCCCAUUUUCAGACAAGGAGUUCAAGCUACUACUAAACACAGUGUCAUAUGCCAACUACUGGGUCAAGCGGGAUUUUGACAAAGGAUUUGUCCCCCUUGACAAGCUUGUUGAGGAGGUACCGUCCUUUAAUUUCAAAGAGCUUAACAAGUUCUUUGCAAAAAACCAAGUUGUCGAAGAAUACAAAAAGGAUGACGAGUUCUUCGAAACAUCUGUUGUUAAUGAGAAGAGCACAAGAUUAACAAACUUCUUGAAAAACCAUGAGAUUAGUGCCAGCGUGGAUUUUGUAAUUAAGAAUAUUAAGAAUAUGAGAAAGGCAGAUGCAAUUGAAACACUCAAAGACAUUACUGGCCUUGACCGAUGUGUGAAUGCUGCAUUGAUCGACUUGAUUAUUGAAAGUACUGAUUAUCAGAUUUUGUGUGAUGUCGACAAGGAUGGAUUCUACAUUGGCGAUGAAAAGAAAGCAAGCAGGAGAAAAUAA